AUGUACCUCUUAACUAUCACUGGAAACAUUAUCAUCAUAACUAUUGCACUGACAGACAGACUUCUCAAUAGCCCAAUGUAUUUUUUCAUUGGCAACUUGUCUUUCAUUGAAAUGAUGUAUACAUCUGUUACAAUUCCCAAACUCCUAGCUCUUUUAAUUGGAAAAAGUAAUUCCAUAUCAUUAAAUGGCUGUCUCACUCAGUUUUUUUUCUUCUUUUCAUUAGGGUCAGCUGAAUGUUUUCUUCUAGCAGUCAUGUCAUAUGACCGCUAUUGUGCAGUUUGCAACCCAUUGCUCUAUAAUCUUAUUAUGAGUAGACCUUUAUGUUGCUACCUAGUCUUGGCUUGUUGGCUAGGAGGCAUCUUUCCAAAUUUGUUUCCUACUGUUUUACUUAGUCAUCUUAACUUCUGUGACAGAUAUAUUCAACAUUUCUUUUGUGAUCUUUCUCCUAUUUUACAAUUAUCAUGUUCCAAUACUAACAGACUGCAGACUUUAAAUUUUCUCACUGCCUCUGCAAUAGUUUUGUUUUCCUUUUCUUUGACCCUUUGGACAUAUAUCCGUAUUAUAAUGACUAUACUCACAAUUCAAUCCAAAACUGGUAAAUUUAAAACUUUUUCCACUUGUGCUUCUCAUCUGACUGUUGUUAUCAUAUUCUUUGGGGCUGUGGCUUUAGUUUAUGUUAGACCUAAUGCUAGCAAAGAUUUUGAAUUAAAUAAAGCACUGUCUGUUGUUUAUAUAGUUCUAACCCCUGUAGUUAACCCCCUUAUUUAUAGUUUUCGUAACAAAGAUGUAAAGCGUGCAAUAAAGAAACUCAUUUUGCAAGAACGUUAACAACAUUACAAAUACAGGAUUAUUAUUGAAGGUGUAAA